AUGCGCAAUCUGCGAUUCGUGGGUGAUCGAUGGUCAAUUCAGAGAAGGCAGCGCUCGCAGCGUGCGUGGUUUUCUUGCUGCUCGAUAAUCACCAACGGCAUCGGCGUGAGUGUGUCGAUCGAUAGCUCAGCCAGCCACGUGUGGAGAUCAGCGUUUGCUGAGUGACGUGAAAGCCCUAUGUCUCGCAGCAGAAAUUGUUAAGUCAUUGUACCCUUGAGCGCCUGGCAUCUAACACGGCGGGACCAAAAGUGCAAGGCGCUCCCAACACUGCCAAUCCCGGAAUUCUUGAUCUCAACAUGGCGAUCAAGUACCGAAAGCGCAUCCUGGGGGCCUUUGUGCUCUUUAGAGCGUGGCGUGCCUGUUCCACACUGAGCGCUGGGCGCGCUAUUCCCCAAUCCUAG